AUGUCGCAACAGCUCGUGCUGGAAGAUGAGAACACGGCCGGCUUUUGGUGCACCGGCCGCACUUUGGGCGCCACCAACCGGCCCCAGCGCCACGAGAAAUCAGUCGGUUCCCACCGGACCGGCCUCCUCGUCGCCGGCGACCCCCCACGGGCCGCGCCACCACUCGCAGACGACCCCGGGCUCCUCGCAGCAGCCCCCAACUGUCGCCGCCAGCCCGAGCAUGAGGUCGCCGCCAGCCCGAGUAUGCCCAUCAACCCUCACCGGAUCGAGGUCGCCGCCAGCCCGAGCAUGAGGUCGCCGCCAGCCCGAGCAUGCCCAUCAACCCUCCCUCCGGUCCUAGAGGUUACCGAGAGGGUGCGCGCAGGGGCGGCUAUCGUGGCGGCCGCGGUGGUGGCGACUCACGAUAGCGCGUUGGCGCCGGGGUCAUCCAAAUGA